AUGACUUCACCCCGCCUGGAUCCAUUACCCGUCCUCGGCGACCUCACCAACUCGCAGCUCGAGUCCUCGUCUCCAGCCCUCAUAGGCACGGCACCGCCAAAGCCUGCUCAUCUUGCCCGACCUAACGAGCCUGAGACUUCAAACGACCUGCCGCCGCCAAGGUGGGUGAUGAUGAACGGAGAGUCCUUGACCGAAGAGGACCGCAACUUCGUCAAAAGCAUUACUUGGCGUGGUCGUCGCAUGAUUGUCAAGUAUGGUUGGUGCGUCAGGCCGCAGGAGGCGGAUAUUAUGCGCUUCGUGCGGGCCAACACGAACGUACCGGUUCCUGAGGUCUUCGCUGUCAAGGAGUUCGAGAAGCAGGUCUUCAUCUACAUGGAGCACAUCGAGGGUUCAACGCUAUUUGACUGCGACGAGUCGACUCGCCGGAUGGUUGCACCGCAGGUCUUGGCCUGCAUCCAGCAGCUGCGGCAGUUGCGCAUGCCUCCGCAGGGUCAAAUAGGCGACUAUCCGGCAUCGGCGUAUCGUAACCUCAAGCGUGCAGUCCUCGGCUGCACACCUUCCUUCAAGCAUUCGCAGAUGCCGGCCCUCGAUACUACCGCCGACUUUCAACGUUGGCUCGUUGUCGAGGUCGCACCUCGCAUCCGCAUGUUCCCCUCUGUCGAGACGCGCGAGUGUCUCGUCCCGCAUAUCGAGUCUCUCGACGCCUCCGCCCCAGUCGUGUUCACGCAUGGCGAUCUACAUUCGUGCAACAUCCUCGUUCGCGAUGGACGAGUCGUCGGCAUCAUCGAUUGGGAGAUGGGAGGCUGGUACCCAGGAUGGGUCGAGGCGGAGAUUGUGGGAUACUACCGCGAUACGAGCGACGAGCGAUUGACAGAGUUGGGGACGGUACUGGGAUUGGCAGAGGAGAAGGAGAGGUGGAAAUCUCGGCAUCUCUGGAUCCAGGCUCUCCGAGUUGCUUGA